AUGUUUGUGGUUUUUCCUGCAGCGAUCGCGGUGACCAUUGUGAUCCUGGCCCAGGGAAUGUGCGGACUCUCCAAAUGCGUCAACCGCUAUCUGGUCGCAAUGGCCAUUUCUGACCUCCUGGUCAUAUUCAUUGGUGUGAUCCUGAGGAGGACAUUUCUCCUCCACCUGCCAUACUUGCCUUUGUUCCACACCCCCGUGUGCAGCCUGAACCUUACCCUGCGCUUCUUCAUCAUUGAUAUCUCUGUCUGGCUGACCGUGGCCUUCACGUUCGACCGCUUCAUUGCCAUCUGCUGCACGAAGCUCAAAACCAAAUACUGCACUGAGUGGACAGCGCGCCUGAUGAUCUGGGCAAUCUGUACAUUUUUAUGUGUGGAGAAUAUCCCUGUAUAUUUUGUGUACCAACCACAGUUGAUAGUCAAUGGGCAGCCCUGGUACUGCACCAUCAAGCCCAGCUUUUAUGUCUUUCCCGCCUGGAGGGUCUUUGGCUGGUUGAACAUCAUUUUAAACCCACUGCUUCCCUUCAUCCUCAUCCUCCUCUUCAACACCCUGACCAUCAGACAUGUGCUGGUGGCCAGCAGGGUGCGGCAGGGUCUCCGGGGGUCUGCUAAGGGGAGGGAUGAGGAAAUGGAGAGCCGGCGGAAAUCCAUAAUCCUGCUGUUUACCAUCUCGGGCAGCUACGUGUUACUGUGGCUCACCUUUAUGGUCAUUUUCAUGUAUUCGAUGGUGACAGAGACUCAGCCCCUGCAGUCUGACUACAACAGCCCUUUCACCAUCGCUGAGCAUGUGGGUUACAUGCUGCAGCUCCUGAGCUCCUGCACCAACACAGUCAUCUACGGUGUGACCCAAACACAAUUCAGGCAACGGCUGAAAUACAUCUUCUCUUACCCCAUCACUCGCUUACUGGGCCACUCACAUAACCAUGUUUAG